GUGUGCGGGGGGGGGGGGGCAGGCUCCCGGCCUGGCAUCCCGGUAGCCGCAGCUGUCUUUUCCGGCAUUCGUCCCCCCUCCGCGCGUAGCGGACCCCUCUGGCUCUCGGGGAUCCCCCCGAGCAGCUGCAUCCUCUGGGUGGGUCUCAUAAUCCGUGGCUGGCCUCCUCUACCUGCUCGCAGCCAUGGCCAGUGAAAACUCCCCUUUGCUGGCCUACCGGCUCCUGGGGGAGGAGGGGGUUGCCUUCCCUGCCAGUGGGGCUGGAGGACCUGGAGGUGAAUCUGCCCGGAAGCUCUCCACCUUCCUGGGUGUGGUGGUGCCCACGGUACUGUCCAUGUUCAGUAUAGUUGUCUUCCUGAGGAUUGGGUUCGUGGUGGGCCAUGCCGGGCUGCUGCAGGCUUUGGCCAUGCUCCUGGUUGCCUACUUCAUCCUGGCGCUCACUGUCCUCUCUGUCUGUGCCAUUGCCACCAACGGAGCUGUUCGGGGCGGUGGAGCCUAUUUCAUGAUCAGCCGGACCCUGGGACCUGAGGUUGGAGGCAGCAUCGGCCUCAUGUUCUACCUGGCUAAUGUCUGUGGCUGUGCUGUCUCCCUGUUGGGGCUGGUGGAGUCCAUGCUUGAUGUCUUCGGGGCAGAUGCCACAGGGUCCAGUGGGCUCCGGGUCCUGCCCCAGGGCUACGGCUGGAGUUUGCUUUAUGGCACCCUGCUUCUGGGCCUGGUGGGUGGGGUCUGCACGCUGGGGGCUGGCCUCUAUGCCCGUGCCUCCUUCCUCACAUUCCUGCUGGUCUCCGGUUCCCUGGCCUCAGUGCUGGUCAGCUUUGUGGCUGUGGGGCCCAGGGUCAUCCAGUUGACCCCUCGGCCUGGCCCCAAUGGCUCCUCCCUGCCACCCCAGGUUGGCCACUUCACCGGCUUCAAUAGCAGCACCCUGAAGGCCAACUUGGGCGCUGGCUACGCAAAGGACUACACCACAGGGGCCAUGAUGACCUUUGCCAGCGUUUUUGCCGUUCUUUUUAAUGGCUGCACAGGCAUCAUGGCUGGCGCCAACAUGUCUGGCGAGCUGAAGGACCCCAGCCGGGCGAUUCCUCUGGGCACCAUUGUAGCUGUCGCCUACACCUUUUUCAUCUACAUCCUGCUUUUCUUCCUCUCCAGUUUUACCUGUGACAGGAAUGAUCUUGGCACCAGCCAAGGUGGUAUCCCAAGGGGGGAACCCCUGGGGGGCUGUGCUCUAUUCAUGGGGCCUAGUCCAGCUGGUGCUCCUAGUUGGGAAGCUGAACACACUGGCUGCUGUGGUUACUGUCUUCUACUUGGUGGCCUAUGCUGCAGUGGACCUGUCCUGCCUGAGCCUGGAGUGGGCCUCAGCCCCCAACUUCCGGUCCGUAAAUACCUGCUUCGCCUGGACGUGCGGAAGGAUCAUGUGAAAUUCUGGAGACCCCAGCUGCUGCUCCUGGUGGGGAACCCCCGGGGCGCCCUGCCUCUGCUUCGGUUGGCCAACCAGCUCAAGAAGGGAGGCCUCUAUGUGCUGGGCCACGUCACGCUGGGAGACCUUGACUGCCUGCCCUCGGACCCUGUGCAGCCACAGUAUGGGGCGUGGCUGAGCCUUGUGGACCGGGCCCAAGUGAAAGCCUUUGUGGACCUCACCCUCUCACCCUCUGUGCGCCAGGGGGCUCAGCAUCUGCUGCGGAUCUCAGGCCUUGGUGGCAUGAAGCCCAACACCUUGGUCCUGGGUUUCUACGAUGAUGCUGUACCCCAGGAUCACUUCCUGACAGACCCGGCUUUUUCUGAGCCUGCUAAUGGUACCCAGGAGGGCGGGUCCCCAGCCCUGAGUACCCUGUUCCCUCCACCCCGGGCUCCUGGGAGCCCCCGAGCUCUAAGUCCUCAGGACUACGUGGCCACAGUGGUAGACGCCCUCAAGAUGAACAAGAAUGUGGUUCUGGCAAGAGCCUGUGGGGCCCUGCCCCCUGAGCGUCUGAGCCGGGGGUCCGGCAGUACCUCUCAGCAGCAUCAUGUGGAUGUGUGGCCCCUCAACCUGCUGCGGCCUCGGGGUGGCCCUGGCUAUGUGGACGUCUGUGGCCUCUUCCUGCUGCAGAUGGCAACCAUCUUGGGCAUGGUACCUGCUUGGCACAGUGCCCGGCUCCGGAUCUUCUUGUGCCUUGGGCCUCAAGAGGCCCCUGGGGCGGCUGAGGAGCGUCUCCGGGCCCUGCUGAGCCAGCUGCGGAUCCGGGCGGAGGUGCAGGAGGUGGUGUGGGGUGACGGGGCUGGGUCCGGACAGCCCGAGGAGGAGGAGGAAGGGGACUUUGUGAACAGCAGGCGGGGAGACUCCGAGGCAGAGGCCCUGGCCUGCAGUGCCAAUUGCCUGGUUCGGGCCCAGCAAGGGCGCGGCAGAGGAGGGCCUGGUGGGCCUGAGGGUGGGGAUGGUGAGGAGGGGCCCACCACCGCUCUCACCUUUCUGUACUUGCCGCGGCCACCUGCUGAUCCUGCCCGGUACCCCCACUACCUGGCCCUGCUGGAGAUUCUGAGCCGGGAUCUGGGCCCCACGCUGCUCAUUCAUGGUGUCACCCCUGUCACUUGCACUGAUCUCUGAUGCCUUGUUGCUGAAGUAGAGUGUCUUGGCUGGCAGCCCCCCUUCAUAGCAGAUGAGGAGGGAAGGGCUGCCUCCUGCCUGCCCUGAACAUGGGACACAUGGCCAGGGGGAGGUACUAGGGGGUCCUGGGCUAGGGCAGCUCUAGAUCUCUAGGAGCGGGGGCCCUGACGCACUGAUGAAUGCAGGGCAGCCCUCCCUGCCCAGCCAGGGGGAGGGGGAGUCAGCUCUGCCCCCUCCUUCUCCACACCGGUGCCUUGAUGGGGGCUAGGUCUCUGCUUGAGACUCUAGGCUACCUCAGUCUCCCCCUCACCUGACAGACUCGCUGACCCCGAGGUUGUGAUGUUUUUGUUCUGUUUUAUUUUUCUAACUGCUGAACCGAAUAAAAGACCUAAACACUA